GAAGCCCGGUGGUUUUGGAUAGUACGUUACCCUCCAUAACUCGUGUUUCAGAGGUUGGGACUACUUCAGGCUCGUCUUUAGGACAUUAAUGUUGAAAAUCAGUAGCCGGAACAGAUUUGUCAUACGCUUCUAAUAUUACUUAGAAACCGAAAAUUCUCUACUUAUGACUCGUGACUCUAACCCUCAGUCCUCCACUAACGAACGUCUUCAAAGUAUAGACACAUCCAAAUGCAAUUUCUUUACACAGUUUCUUUUGUCUAAAGAAACAUUGAAGGGGUUAAAAUUGUCAGGUUACACAAAGCCUACUGCAAUUCAAAAGCUAGUCUUAAAACCUGCCCUUCUUGGACAAGAUGUGGUUGCUGAAGCACCUACUGGUAGUGGCAAGACGAUUGCUUUUGCAAUCCCUGUGCUUGAACUUCUUCAUCAAAGCAAAGUUUCCAUGUUUGAUGGUCCAGUCGCCAUAAUUUUAACACCAACUCGCGAAUUAUCAAGACAGAUUUUCAGCGUAUUUGCCAAAAUUGCUCGUGAACACCACUUCACUAUGAUGAACAUUAUGGGCGGCAAAGUCUCGGCUUUAAAAAAUCAAGAAUGGAAUAGUAUAUCACGAGCAAAUAUUCUAAUUGGAACUCCUGGUCGAAUGGCUCAACAUCAAACUGAAAAUUCUCUUCUUGAUAUGUCUAAUUUAAAAUUACUUAUAUUAGAUGAAGCUGAUAGAUUAUUAGAUCCAACAUUUCGUGAUGAUUUAGAAGUAAUUCUUCAAAAUUUAACUCCUGAUCGACAAACUUUAUUGUUUUCAGCCACUUUAACAAAGGCUACAGAUCAACUUAUUCGUCUUAGUAUGCGUAAUCCAAUAACUGUAUCAGUCAAUAAUAAUAUUAACAGUACUAAUAAUAGUACAACUUUAUCAAAUGAAUUACACACACCAUCUGAACUACUUCAAUAUUAUGCCAUAGUUCCAUUGGAACAAAAGUUGGAUACAUUGUGGACAUUUUUACAAAGUCAUUGUAAGAAAAAGAUCAUUGUAUUUUUUUCAACACAAAAACAGGUUCGAUAUGCAUAUGAAUUAUUUCAAUUGCUUAGACCAUAUUUUAAAAUUUUACAACUUCGUGGUAAUAUGAAUCAACAAAAACGUUUUCAAGUUUAUGAUCGCUUUGCUAAUUCUCCACAUGGUUCCGUUCUGUUAGCUACUAAUUUAGCUGAACGAGGUUUAGAUUUUCCAAAUGUCCAUUGGGUUGUACAAUUUGAUUGUCCGCAUUUUACUGAAGAUUAUGUACAUCGUAUUGGUCGAACUGGACGAAAUGGACAAAUAGGUCGAUCAAUUUUAUUUCUAUUACCAUCUGAGCAAAAUUUAAUUCAUAUACUUGCUAAACAUUCUGUUGUAUUAAAAUUAGUAAAAUUUCCUGAAUCAAAGUUACAACGAAGAGUUUCUAAAGAAUCAUCAAGUUUAUUAGCACGUAAACUGGAAUUAACUCAAUCAGCACGAUUAGCAUUCACUGCUUAUCUACGCGAUUAUUGUUUAAUGGCUAGACGAAAUCCAACUAAACAAAAACAACAACAACAACAACAAUCUAAUGAAUUAUUGAAUGUGUUCAAUGCAAAAGAUCUACCUGUAGAAAAAUUUGCUAAUUCACUUGGUUUACCAUUCAUAUCAUCACUUCCAAAAGAAUACAUUCAACUUGUUCCAGAUUCAGUUAAAUUAAUUAAAUCUUUUCCAUCAGUUGUAUCAAAUUUAUCUGAUGGUAAUGUCAAUCAAUUAUCGACUACUACUGCUACUACUGAUAACGUGUUCAGUUCAAUGAAGAUGAAUUUACCUCAUUCAACAGAGUUGAUAGCAUCAAACACUGAUAAUAAUGUUGAUGAAAAUGAUAUUAAUAUGGAUAGUGAUGAUAAUUUAUUGAUUAAAAAAUCUUCAUUCAAUGUUAUGCCGAAUGAAACUAAAUUAAAACCUCUAGAUCUUGUUCAAGAUACAAGUACAGAUGAUGAUACAAUAGAAGAUGAUCAACAUAGUAGGAAAUCUGUAAAUAAAUUGAAAAAAUUAAGUCGUAUUCAAUUAGCAAAGAAAGAAUUAAAACAAAAGAUUCGGUCUCAUCGAAAAUUAGAAUUUGACGAUGAAGGUCAUGUAAUAUGCGAGAAAAUCGGUGAUAUCCCUGUUGCUAAACCUCCAAUACCUAUUGAUAAUCAAAUUGAGACAACAAUUACAUCAAAUGAAACACUAAACAUUGAUCAAGAACGUCGUUUAUUACAUGAAAUUAUAGAUAAAGAAGAUAAGAAAUUAUGGAGACAACGUAUUCGUCAACGUCAUCAAGCUGAACGUAAAAAGCUGAAAGAGGAAAGAAAAAAAUUAUCACAAUCGAAUGGUCCAAAAAUUUCAUUGAAAGAAAAUUCAUCUGAUUCAAAUAUUGAAAAUGAAUCAGAUUAAUUUAAUUAAAUGACAAGUUGGUAAGUAUUAUAGAACUACAUUGUUCAACAGUUUUAUAGAAUUGAUAGAUUGUAGCUAAUAGUGGAAUUCAAGUUUUGCAUUUCUUAAUGCUUGGAACUCAUCGUCUAAUAUGUAUAUCUCAAUCCUUGCGUUAUCCACUGUUCCUUUUUGAAGUGAACGGUACACUGGACUGCAGUUCCAAUGUGAACAUCAACAUUAAGAUACUGGUUUAUUCAUGUUGUAUCCCACAAGUUAUAACAAUUCAACUAAUGAUUCUCAUAUAACACAAAAUGUACAUAUCCUGGAUUCCCCAGUACUAGAAAAAGCGCAACUCAUCUAUUCUGUAAAACUGUAAGACUGAUUAAAAUUCUGUAUUGGUUAUCAGAGAUAAAAUAGUGGAAAACUUUACUUGAAAAUUUGUUUAUUCGCUUUUCAUUACAAACCAGUAUACUUCAUUAGUUGGGAAAACAUUUUGAAACUAUCAAGAAGUAGAUAGCUAUUUCAUGUUAGUUCAAUACAGUUUCUUUAAUGAUGGAUACCCACAAUAUUAAAUAUGUUGUCGAACUGGGAACCUUGUAAUAUUCAUGAAAAUAUGAUCUAUGAUUUUAAUCAAUUAGUGAGUGAGACUAAUGCCCAUUGAUUUUUGUUCCUAUGUUUGUGCAUAAUUUUCCAUAUAAGUCAUACUAAUGAGAGAUACAACCAAAACAAAGAAGUAAACAAUGACAGGUUUAAGGUCAGCUAGAAGAACCAAUCAACAUCGAGGUCUACAGGAUAAGCUGUGAGCCAUAUAUGAAGUUUGUGCUGAUGAUGUCGUUCAGAAGAACGAUGAAAGCUCUACGACUAAACCAUUCAGCUCAAAGAACAAAACUCCAUCAAAAUCAUCCACCUCAGCUACAAAUCUUCUCCACUACCUCUUUAAUAACUGCUAAUCCAAUAAAAUGCGUGUUGAUUAUUAAGUAGCUAAAGUCGAUCGAUAGGAGACCUUUGGAUGUACAUGUAUACGUGAUAACUAAUCUAUUGCACUAGUAGUCACAUUGCGAUUCGAUUGAUUGAAUAAGACCAGAAUUAAGGAUUAGACAAGUAUUACAUCAUUGACUGCCUAGCACAAAACACCAACCAUUCAUACAAUAGCAGACCUAAUAACUGAAUGCCAACAUCUCUGAUUAUGUUACUUUGAGUGAGGUGGGUUCAACGCCUACAAUGAAUAUCAAUUGCUUUAGGAUUACAACCGAGUGCUGAAUAGCAUCAAGUCUGCGUUUAAAUACCUUACAUUUGAUCACUUCUAAGCAAUUAACAGCCAUACAUAGUGCACACAAUGUUAAGUCGCUUAAACUACUGUACACACUACAGCUUGAUCUAUACGAUCCAAUUAGUAUUAUAGACCAGAGAGAUAUGACUAAGUAAUCAACUGAUUUCAACUAUAUUUCAGCUAUCAUAGUUAAAAUAUGUGCUUCUCUGAUGCCUAGCCUAAAUCGAACAGAUUAUUAGUGUAAUGACUGUUAGACGGCUUCUGUUGAUAGUCAUUCAGACGUACGCAACAUAGAACCUGACACAUACGUAUAUCGAUUCAAGUUGUUAUAUCAGACAAAUCCCAAAUUAGUAGAAGUAUUAACCAGUAUCAGUAGUAAUGGGUAAGAUUAGGUGUAGAAAAAAAAAUGAAUGAUGAGAUUCAAGGACCUAAGAUCUAAAGGAAGAUAAACGGUGAACGCACCUGCCCCAUCGCGAACGAUUUUGAGCCAUGUCAUUCAAAGUUUUCAACCAUUGGUUAGAACAAUCACGCGGACCCCACAGACAGAUAGUCUACACUCGUUAACUUACAUAUCUCAGUCCAAUUCUCAAUGACUUUACAGAUUGGGACCACGUCUUGGUUUGACGGGCUCUAAGUACAAAAUAAUACUCUCAAAAUGGUCUUCAUUCCUUUAUUUACUAACAACUGAAUAUUGAUGUGAUUGAAUAUGUUAAUUGAUGCAUUUAUUUAAUAUCAGAUGAUCGUUAGUUGAUUGAAUCUCUACUCAGAUCAUUUGGGAUGAAUCAGUUUACUAUAUUGAUCGCUUUUGGAGGAAACAUUAUUGCACAUUCAAUGAAGAAUCAUGUGCACAAAUUAUUAUUAGUUGACAUAAUCAUUCAUUGUGAAGUUGCCAAGUGUUCACCUACACGGUUAGGCUUGAAUAUAAUAAUGGGAUUGGUUUGCCAACCGGUUACUAGGAUCGUUGAUGUGAUUUAUUCACCAAGUAGAGAUUUAUGUACUUGGUUUCAAUGCGCAUUGCUUGUACGAGGGUUAUUGUUACUACUACCCAAUUGCCUAGUCUGAAUUAAGUGGUAAUCUAUGAUUCGAACACGCUAUUUCAGUGAACAAAAGUCGAAUGAUUCUAUCAAUAAGUUGUCAUUUUAAUGAAGUUGUAAUAAUAAUUUUAUUACUGUUCUUUAAGGUUUAUUAUUCUGAAGUACAAUUACAAGUGGAAACAAUCUUGGGUUACAUAAAGUAGUUUAGUUUACUCUAUACAAACUUAUGAUUUUUUCGACAAUUUCACUGUUGUCAUCAAUAUAUCAACAUAGAAAGUCGAUGAUAACUGUUGAUUGAAACUAAAUUUUCUUACUUAAAUAUAUAAAGAAUGGUACAAAGAGGCACUAAAUAUAUAUGCGUCACAUUUCGUUAUUCGAUUUGUGUCAGGUCUGAAAUAUUUCCCGGGUCCCCUGACCGAGACAGUUGAUGUUCUCAGAGGGCCAUUCCCCAAACCUUUGGCCUAGUGGUCUAAUCUACAAAGUAAUGGAGCAACGUUAGGAAAUUCAGUUUCAUGGUAGCCUGUGACCAACAAUAGGUUCAUAUGCCGCUUCAUUAUCCUUGAGUUUAUAUGCACCGUUAGUUCGAAAUCAGGGUUUUCGAACUCUGCUGGGUGGAUCCACCAACCAGAAAUUAGCUUUUCGUUUUCUCAUUUUCGUAAAGAAUAACCACGCCAUGAGAAUUCAUUGAGUAGGAUUUUCCUAUCAGUGGCUGUUCACGCGUGGCCAUUUGAGAGGGAUAACAGACUCUCCACACCCUUGGCCGUAACAGGGCAUUUGGUAAUGUAAACGUUUCAUCACGACUUAAUGCCACUGGAAAGUACCAUGCAACAUACAUUAGACAGUUGUGUUUAUUUAUUGCCCCUAAAUGCCGUGGUACGGCCGAGAGUGGGGAGAGUCAUCUCGAAAUGCUCUCACAUGGCUUUGUGCAAUACAACCACUACCAGGGGAGUCCUACUCACUGUCUUCUCUCGGUCAGGGUGUUGUUUACGAAAUUGAGGGGACGAAAACCAAAUGUCCGGUGCUUUAAUCGGGUUAGUGGGCAUGGAGAGUCCACCUAGGGGAGUCGGAAAACCCUCAUUCCAAACCAAUGGUGCACAUGGUCUGGCUCCAGGAUCCUGAAGGAACUAAUGGUGUAUGAACCAAUGGUUGGUCACUGGCUACCAUAUGACUGUAUCUCCUGACGUUGCUCUACUGCCUUAUGAAUCACACCUUUAGGUUGAAGGCUCCGUGUAUAGCCCCCUAAGAAACCCACCUGCUUCGGUUUGGGCAUCCAAGCAGUAUCACAGCCCUCACACAAAUCGAAUGAUUCAUGCGGCACAUAUCUGUUUGAUGCCUCCUUGUAUCAAUGUUUAUGUGUUUAAAUAAAUAAAAUUUACUUAUUUAUCUAAAUAUCUGAUUCUAUUUCGAUCCCAUUAUACAUACAAAUUGUACUCCAGACCAAAUUUAUGUAAAAAAAAGAAGAAUUACAAAGACAAUCUCUAUUUACCAAUCCAUUCAAAGAAGAAAAACACUGAUCAAUGAUAAGUGAAUUAACAUUUUUCUGACAUUUGUCAAUAUUGUAAAUAAACUUAUGAAAAGAAAAACAAGCGGGUUUUUUUGUUUGUUUUCUUCUAUUCACAAUGAAUAAUAACUAGAUGAAAUGUGUUUCUUGAAGACUUUUUGUUUAAACUGUAGGUUAUGAACAAAAAUCGAUGAAAGCGCCAUAGAAACUGUUUUACCUGGAUAGUAUUGGAAGGUGGUCUGUUCGAAUAUCUGGGCCACUUGUUCCCGUCAUCUAAAGAUUUCAACAAGUUAUCUGUUUUCUUGUUUGUUUUUAACAGGUUAUUAUGUCUAUUAGUUUCAUAACCUAUUCAGUCGGGUUUGUGAAAUUUCGCACAACGUUUCGUUGUACAAGUUAGAGAAGAGCACAAUCAGAGUCAUUGUUUUAACUGGUGAUAUGCAUUGAAAAGAAUACACAUUCUUGACAUGUCGAUUCGUGAACUGCUGAUAUCUAACUAGCGACCACUCAAUAUUUACCGUCUAGAUCGAUCAAGAAAUAAGAAACGGAAACCUGUUGUAAUACCUCGUGCUGAGAAAUCUAUAUUAUACCAUCAAUCGGUUCAUGAUUUCCAUGACAUACAUAUAUAAACUGUUUACAAACCUCAACUCAUGAGGAUAAAUGUGUCAGUAUGUCUGGAACCAGAAUGGCUUCUUGUAAUGAUUACUUAAAGUUUGGUUACAACACACGAUAAUGUAAAUGACAGCUAGUGGCCGUGUCUAAUAUCAAUAAUAAUUAUAAAUAACUGAACUGGGAACUAACAGCAUACAACUAUGGUACCUAUUGUGUUUAAACGACGAUCCACUGAAUAUACAGAAACGUGCAUUAUAUCAUACGUUCGAAUAUUAGAAAUAGGAUUAUAGUAAUAUAAAGCC